CCUCACACCCCCUCCCAAAAAUUUUUCAAUUUUUAUUUUAUUGUACUUUUUAAAUUUCCCAUUUUUUAAAGCUUCCUUCUUCUGUCUCAACGUGACCCUGAAUCCUUGAUAAAAACAGCUUGUCUUCCACAUUCUCUACUUCUCUCUUCUCCCCUUCCCUUCCCUUCCCUUUCCUCUCUCUCUUUCAAAACCCAAACUUGGCCUCAUUAUUAAGUCUUCUCUGCCAAGCAUCACUUCUCUUCAGUUACCCUUCCUUUCUUUCCUUGUAUUUCCUCUGUUUUCCUCUCUUCUAUUUUUACUCAUGGCUGAGCAGAUAGAUGACGCUGAGUUUUGGCUUCCGGCGGAGUUUUUAGCCGAUGAUGAUAUUAUUAUGGAGAAAGAGAAUCUUAAGAACAAAAACGGUGGCAACAACAAGGCUGAGUUGUUGAUACCGAGUCAUGGUUUCCCAACUGAGUUCCCUUACGAAUUGGACUCCUUCUCUGCUCUCAGUUCCCCUGUUGAAUCCGUUGUUGGGUCUACUGAGACUGAGAGCAGCGACGAGGAUGAGUUUCUAGCUGGGUUGACUCGCCGACUCGCUCACUCAACGAGUCAGAAAUUCACUGUUCCUAACCUUUCCCUGGACAAAAACGAGAAAACUAGAGUUUUGGCGAGUUCGCCACAGUCGACUCUGAGUGGGCUAGGAAGCUGGUCAGCAUCAAGCAAUGGCAGCCCAAAUGGCCCUUCUCAAGUUCCUUCCCCUCCAACAACUCCUUUCGGUGCCCAAAAUGACACUUGGGAUCUCAUAUAUGCCGCGGCUGGCCAAGUUGCAAGGCUAAAAAUGUGCAAUGAAGCAACCAAAUAUACCAACUUUAACCAUGGAAGAGGCCUUGUCAAAACACAAAGUCGUGGCUUUAUGAAGAACUCAAGCUCUGGACUGUAUUCAAGUCAGAGCCUUUCUUAUAACCAAGCUCAAACAAAUCAGUAUCAUGGAGGGCAGGAAUAUGUGUUAAAACCCCAGUGCGGAGCUGUUUGGGGAAGGCAAGUGAAGGCAACAAGCAACCGGCAAGCACAGCUUCAACAACAACAGAAACUCCAGCAGAUCCAGAGUAGAACGAGGAGCAAUGUUGUUGGGGGGAGACCCUUGGGGUUGCCUCAAUCUUCAUGGCCUCCACUUCAAGUUCAAUCUCAGCAGCAACGGCCUCAACAGAACUCUGGUUCUGGCAUGAGAGCUAUGUUCCUUGGUGGAUCUGGUAGUAUUAAAAGAGAGUGUGCUGGAACUGGUGUUUUCUUACCUCGUAGAUAUAACAAUAACGCUCCUGAACCUCGCAAAAAAUCAGGUUGCUCAACGGUUCUACUUCCGGCAAAGGUUGUUCAGGCUUUAAAUCUGAACUUUGAUGAUACCAACAGUCAUGUUCAGCCACAUUUCGAUGUCAGCUUUGCAUCAAACUAUGAUGCUUUGGUAGCCAGAAGAAAUGCGCUUUUGACACAAGCAAGAAGAAAUUAUAGACCAGAGGGAGGCCUAAAUCUGCCCCAGGAGUGGACUUAUUGACCUCUGGAAAAAUUAGUCCAAAUAUCUCUAGAUUCUCUCAAAUAGUGCUUGUUUUGUUGGAGAGAUUCCAGUAUAGUAGGGUUAGUUUUUUUCUGAUAGGUAAAUGGUGUUUUGGUUUAUUAUAUAGGAAAGGAAUUCGAGAAUGUGACUGUAGUUUAGGAAAUAAAAGAGUAUCAAGUUAACAGAUCUUGGGUUUUAUAUUUUUAUCGAAGGAGAUUUGAAGAUUUCAGCUUUUGGGAAUUUAGCUGCAAGUAGAACAAUAUAUAUAGGUAACAAAUAGGGGAGGGGGAUGGCUUUUAUAUAUAUAUAUAUAUAUAUAUAUAAUUUUGUUGUAAUAAGAAGUGGGUUUUUAUUCUUCUAGUUUUAUGAGGGGAAUUGGGUUGUAUUUGGAUGUGGGAAAAGAAAAAACAGAUUUGUACAAGAAAAAUUCACAACCCUCUUUUUAAACCUCGGCAAU